GGCUGUCCUGUGCAAGGCCGGGAGUUGGACUGGACCAUCCUUGUGGGUCCCUUCCAGUUCAGGAUAUUCUGGAUUCUAACUCUUUGGUUAACCCUUCCUCUCCCCACAAAGAGCUGGCAAAGCUGUUGGGGGUGGGGCAGAACAAGGGAAGCGCCAGCACUGUUGCUGCCUCUAUGACACAACAAUGGGAGCCCCAACAUUCCGUCCCUGGAGACGCUCCAAGAGGAGCGUCCAGACCCGGGUCCAGUCAACAGAAGUGAGCGGCCGCCGAAGCUGACUGACCAUGGCCCUGUCAGCUCUGUGGCAGCGCUGUGUGAGCUGGAGCUCAGCCAUAGCCCAGUUCCUGCAACCAUUUGUCUCGCCCGGAACCUCCUGCCCCACAGGAUCAGCCAACCUCGGCCAACAGCCUGGCCAGAAGCAGCAGCCCUUGCCAGCUCCCUCUGCCCCAGCAGCAGGGACACGGACUCAGCUGCCUCCACCGGUCCCCUUGGCAAGCAGCCAUGGCAUUGCUCCUCCAUCAGGCAAUGCCCGGCGGGGGGCCAGGCUCCGGAGAAAGCCCCUGGCCCCAGUCCCACCAGUGCGGGACACCCAGCACGGCCCUACCGGCUCAGCCAACCCUCAGGGACACCCCUGGGCCGUGGCAGCCCUCCAGACACCAGCGUCCCCAUGGAUUUGGACACCAGCCCAGGUCUUGACAUCAGGCUGGGCACUGAUGUCCCCAUGGAUGACGACAGCCCGUCAGGCUGCGACCUCUCGCUGGCCAGCGACGUCACCAUGGACGAGGACAGCCCGUCAGGCCGUGACCUCUCCUUGGCCAGCGACGUCACCAUGGACGAGGACAGCCCGUCAGGCCGUGACCUCUCGCUGGCCAGCGACGUCCCCAUGGAUGGUGGCUCCCCCUCAGGCAGUGAUCACCUUGUGA